AUGAUUAUAAUCGAUUAUUUCCAUGCAGCCCAUCGUGAAGGUAAUGUAUUCCCUAUCCAUCUCAUCCCUGUAAAAUUAGAUGGUACAAAGGAUAAGAACGGUAGAUUCUUCUAUUGGUUUAAGAGCGAUAAAAAGGGUAUUGAUGAGCUGCGAAUGAUGACUCAGCUUGGAGAUAUCUCGUUGCCCAAGAACAGUAAAGACUUCUUCAAGAAGAUCGAUUGGAUUAAAACGUUGGAGAAGCUCUCAGAUUCGAUGGAAGACCUUGAGAAACAAGAUCACUACAGUCAGUUUCGGAAGAUAAUAAAAAGCGAAUUGACAAUGCAUUGA